AUGGAGUAUGGAGACAAACUGUCUCUUGCACUGUUCUUGUCCACGGAUCACUCGCAACUUCCUCCCGAUGCUAUUACCCUGUCACUCGUCGUCCGCGUCAUCUUGAAGUGGCCUGGCUUGCUCAUCAUCGAGACAUCCACGCAUGUCAAACCGAAGAAGAAGCCUUCUACCUCCGACGACGAAGAAGAGCGCAAGCGACGCGAAGAUCUGCGCAAGCGGCAGGCCCGAGAGAAAGAAGCAGAAGAUGCCAGGAAGCGUGAAGAAGAAAGGCAGCGUCGUCGCCAGAACAACAAUGGUAUACGUUGGAAUGAUCCCGUACCCAUUCCAUGGGACUUCAAGCUACCACUGCCCAUGUUCACGGCGCACUAG